UCUAAUCGUUGCACUCAUUGGGAGCUCACCCAGUUUCGGAGCAGUAGUAGAACUGUAGCUCGAAAAAAAUCAAUUCGGUAAAAUGAUUUUGGUUCUACUACUGGCUGUUUUCUGCCUGUCCAGAUAUGGAGUUGUUGCCCACCCUGCUGAGAAAAAUGUAGAGUAUUACGAAAAUCUGUUGACAAGGAAAGCAAAGGAGACAUCAGCUUUUGUCUUACCAACCGAUAAUAAAAGAUACUUUGGUGAUGAACUGCCCGAUGAAUCUACAGCAGAAGAUUAUGGAACAUUCGACUUCAUAAUAGUUGGAGCUGGAAGUAGUGGAUCAGUUAUUUUCAACCGACUAUCAAAGAUCCCAAGAUGGAGGAUUCUAUUGCUGGAGGCAGGAGGAGAAGAGAAUGAUUUCAGUGAUAUACCCACGAUGGCUUUCCAUUCACAAUACACUGAUAUGAAUUGGGGUUAUAAUACCACCUCCCAAAAAAAUUCUUGUUUGGGUAUGAAUAACAACCAAUGCAGCUAUCCAAGAGGCCGAACCAUCGGUGGUUCCAGUACCAUCAACGCCUUGAUGUACAUCAGAGGUAACAGAGCAGAUUAUAAUAAUUGGAUGGUCCAAGGCAACCCUGGAUGGUCUUACGAGAGCCUGUUACCCUAUUUCAAGAAAUCCGAACAUUUCGAAAUCGAAAAAGGAGACAUGGACUUCCAUUCUGCUAGAGGCCUUCUGAACGUCAGCACACACAGACCUCCAAGCCCUUUAAUUGAUUAUUUCGCAGAAGCUGGGAGAGAAAUGGGUUACGACAACAUUGAUUAUAAUGCAGAAAGCCAAAUAGGAUAUUCGAAAUUACAGAUGAAUAUGAAUAAUGGUAAGAGAGCGAGUGGUGGUAGAGUUUUCAUAGAUCCCGUUCGUAAUCAACCUAAUGUUAAAAUAGUAACUAACGCUCUAACCACUAAAGUUCUCAUUGAUAACAACAAAACGGCAUAUGGAGUAAUGUUCCUAAAGAAUGGAAAACUCUACAGAGCUCUCGUGAAUGAAGAGGUUGUUUUAUCCGCUGGAGCUGUGAAUACCCCACAAUUACUGAUGUUAUCAGGUAUAGGACCAAGGGAACACCUUGAACAGCUGAAUAUACCUGUCAUCCAAGAUCUACCAGUAGGAAAACAUUUGCAAGAUCAUCCCGUUUUUGUGGGAUUAAAUGUCAGAACUAACUACACAUUUGAAAAGCCAACUCUGAAGCAACAAGUUCAGGAUUAUUUAGAGGGUAAAGGUUUCCUCACUUAUUGUUUGAAUACACAAGCGGUCCAGUUUGUUAAUACAUUCAAUCCUAUGUCCGAAGUACCCGAUAUGGAAAUUAUCUUGGUACCACCACCAACUGGUUCCGCUUUAGAGGCAAAAGCUUUCAACUUCAAACCUGAAAUCGCUGAAACUUUAAUCAAUAAUAAAAACUCUCUGAAUGAUUUGAAAUUCAUGUUGGUCUUGUUACAUCCAAAAUCCAUCGGAGAAAUAACUCUUCGAUCUACAAAUCCUUUAGACUUUCCCGAUAUAAAUACGAACUUUUUCACGGAUUCCGAAGAUAAAGAUAUAGAUACCAUGUACAGAGGUAUAAGGCAUGCCUUGGAAAUUUUAGAGACUGAUGCUUUUAAAAGACUUAAUGCGACUCCUAUCACCAAAGAGUUGAACGUUUGUCGUGAAUAUGAGUAUAACAGUAAGGAUUAUUGGUAUUGCGCUAUAAGACAUUUGACAUCCACAUUAUAUCACACCUCUGGCACAACCAGAAUGGGUAAUGAUACAAGAACUUCUGUGGUAAAUUUCGAACUAAAAGUUCACGGAAUCAACAAACUGAGAGUUGGAGAUUGUGGUGUGAUACCUUCAUCAACAUCUGGACACACCAACGCUCCUGCUUUCAUGAUAGGUGAAAAAAUGGCCGAUUUCUUGAAGCAAAGAUACCAAGUUAUUUGAAUUAAUAUAGCUAGUGUAACUGAAAUACCAAAUAUAUUUAUUUUUGUAAUA